AGCUCGAAUGCAUGAAGCGAAAGGGGCGCUUUCGCCUUUACUGUGACGAAAAACUUACAUUCGCAAUGUAUCUCAUACUGUCAUUGUUAGCACUGGGAGGUGCCUCAGGCAUGGCAUCCUCGAGCGCGGGCACUUCUCAAAGCGAAGGAUCGACGGUUCCUGAAACGAAAAAGCCCCCAGCGUGGGCGAACGAGACGAGGCUUGGAAAAUACCAGCACGCAGAGGAGGUCUUAAACGAAACAGCAAUAUUUUAUCUCGUCAAAUCAACGUACAAUAAAGUCGAAGAAUUGUGGGGCACUAAUUUUUCUUGCGUCAGCAUGCGACACAUCAAGGAAGACAACCAAACGACAUAUUUCUCAUUCAAAAACUCGUCAGCGCAUACAAAAUACACGCUAAAUUUGACAACUGCACUUACUGCUACUUUUGGAUACAAUGAGAGUAACGCCAUUCAAUACCAGCUACCUGAUUGCACGCUUCUAAAUAAUACAAUUAUCUUUACUAAUGACGCAUGCACACUUAUGAGCGUCCCAUAUGGAAAUGCCAGCAAUGACGAUGAAGGGUGUGAACUGUGGGCCAGGGAGGAAUACCUCAAAAAUGACACUGUCCCCUUGUGUUGCUACUUUCUGUUUGAUAUGCUCUGUGCGAAAGAAGGACGAUACAACCUAUACGAUAAGAAAACGUGCAGCAGUGAGCAAGUGGCUGAGUAAAACAGGGAAAUAAAUUUCCCUAGUUGUAGGGAGAACUUUAUGAUACCAAAGACCUCACGUUUUCAUAAGUGCAUUACGGAAUAGUUCCCUACUGUUCCGCGAAACCUGCUACGGGAGGGUAGAUUCAGAAACCGGCAAUGUCUAUUUCAACGAGGUACGAAGCGACGAACAGAACGUUUUAACCUUUGUUUUGUCACAGAAAAUUCUUAUUUGAAAUUUGUGCUCGUCGACUAUUUCUCUCCACCUUGCGAAAACCCCACAAUAAGCAAACCCGCUUAGAAAUAAUCACCUGCACAAUGACUAUCACAACAACAGACACGGUUAAUAUUUAUCAUAAAAUGCGAAUCACGUGUUGCAUGGUGACGCGCUGGCGUGUUUAUUCUGUAUAUAGGGGACAAUUUGUAUUUGAAAUAAAGCUUAGUUGCGAAAUGUAACACUUCUGUCGUUCACUCUCUCCUAUGUACGCGGUUUUUCUGCGUUAUCUCCUUUUAAACCUACCCUUUCAACGUGGGGAUUCAGAUUUUAAAGCUUCGCAGUAGCAAAAUCAUCGCAGUGGCCGACAACAUGUACAUAUCGGUUACAUUUCCUUUGCAGCAUCACGCACCAUUUAAGAGAGCUACUUUCGGUUUUACAUGUUUAUCUGCAAUAUGUUGUUUCCCACACCUAUC